ACGCUUCCAUCAAGCGCGCCAGUUCCGUGCCACCUCCGACGGUGCCUGACGGUGAAAUCAUGCAGGCUCACCCAGUUGUCCAGGAGACGAAAGACAUCUUCGCCCGAUGGGCGUGCUUUGUGUAGGAGUUGUGCCCCUCAGAUGCGAGCUCACUGGAAGGGGAAGGUCUUUACUUGACCCAGGAAUCGGGUUACCAAUAGCAGCCACUAAUCAACAACUCAACGAACGUGAUGGCGUGCAUGAAACAAGAGACCUGCGGCUACUGUCAGCAUCUACCGUUGGCUGGCGUAGAGUUCAAUCCGACGUGGGAGGUUGGGAGCAGUGGCUGAACUUCGAGGAUGACAGGAAGACACCCCUUGCGGACUAAUUGAGAAGUUCCCGGCAUCUGCAAGCGAUCUUCAUAUGGUAGGGAUAUCGGAAUGGUGGCCGGAAGGGGGAUUGAGAUAGGGCUUGAGAUAGGGCUAUGCUGGUGGUUUGGACUGAUGAGAGGCAUUCUCGUGGAUUGGUUCUUGCGUUCGCAAAUAGCUUCUGGCAUUAUAGACUCCUAUUUGAAACAUCAAAUCCCAAAAGGAAUCAAUUGCAACGGACCUCCGCUCGCGGGUGAAGUUUCGGUGGAGAGUAUAGACACCUGGGUGGCAAGACCUCGAGCAUCAUUUCAUCUCAUCGAGAGAAGAGAUGAAGCUAGGAUCCCGACUUGGAUCCGAUUUAAUGUAGAAAUCCAAAAGGGUUUCUUAUUUGCGCAUUUCGUGUGUGCUAUUCUCAUUGCUCGUACUAGCUUCAGCAGAUUCAAGAACUUGGACGAAACUUCGUUCCUCGGCCUUCUUAAUGCUCAAAAAUGUAAAGCGCAACUUAUUAGUGCGAUGGUAGAAGGUGUACGAGAUGCGGUUUAUCUUGACGAUGGGCACUUGGAGGAGGCUGUAGUUUGGGCGUGUUGGAAGGGCGAGGAGCGCGUGAUGGAGCGACGCAGCAAUACGCUGGGCUUGUUGAGACCAGAAGAUGUAGAGGCGCAACAGCUUGGGGAGUACGACGGGGGCAUUACUGCUGCUAAAGAUUUCAAGAUGGAGAGCGAUAUUGUGUUGAUGCUUGGUAUCGGCGAGGUUCUUUGCCUUUACCUUUGCCUUUGCCUUUGCCUUGAUAAUGCCUUUGAUUGA